UCACCUACAGCCAGCAGAGACAUGACAACAUCCCUGCUGCGCUUGCGUGUCUGUCGUGUGUGCCUUACGUCGUCCGAUCCCUUGAGGAUAUAUGUGUCUGUGGCGCGGUACUUCUCCCUGACGUCAAACUCGAUGCCCUGCCAGUCCUUUUCAUCUUAGCCAAAGCCUGACCAAGAGAUGACGCACACGUGGGCAUCCACUAGUAUGUGUCUCUUUGUACUGAUUGACCUUUUCGAUGGAGAACUCCUUGCCGGCCUUGUCGCCGAUCUCAGAUAUGGCAUCCACACUCUCAUGCAUUCCCAACUCCAAAAACCGACUGCAGUGAGCAAAGAAGCUGCUAUGGAUUGACAAAUCACACCACCAUUUGUUCAACCGACCGCAGCGUGAAGUCUUCCAUUGCUGGCGAGACCUGCACGCUGCAUUUAUCUGAGACCUGCUGCCAAUGUCGGUCUCUCAUGCCGUCCUUGCGCAGAGCCACCACGAGCGGCACGAAGGCUUUGAACUCCUCCAGCUCUGACCGGAUCUUCUCGGCUAUCUUGAGAACGUUCUUGAGCACCUCGGGGUUGUUGCGGUCGCGGAAAGCGCGGGCCACUUCGAGCAUGAUUUUGCUCCCGUUCAUGACCUGGUCCUCCAGCGCCUUGGCGUCGAUCUGGUCGAAGGGGCCGUCGGUCCACUUCUUGCGGUUCACCAGCCAGGACGCUGUCAUCGUCCACAAGUUGCUGAACGGCUCAAAAUCCUGACAAGGCAAAGAUGUGUGGAUGGGCUGCCAUGGCUGGUUUAGCUGCCGUACCUUUGCGAUUCGCUGCAGUCGUGUGUAGUCGGUAGAGUCCUUCCCAAAGAGGCCCUCCCGAGAGUUGAAGAGCUUGGCCAGCAGCAAAGACACCUGCAGCCGCUUGCUAACCGACGCCACAUUCGCAGCAAUCUCGUCAAUCUAAGAAAGAGAGCACCACACACAGACAAGCAAGUACAUGUAUGGGGUACUUGAUGCGCAGAGGGACAAGUUGACCUUAGUGAGGUCAUGGUACUGUGCGAAGUCUCCAACGAUGCCGGCGAAGUAGUUGAGUACCUCGUCGAACUCAGACUGCUGUGACUGCAUGGUGUUGAGGAAGUUCUCACGCUCCUUGGUGAGAGCGGCGUCGGUGGCCGCGAUGAGGUGGUAUGUCGCCUUCGGGGACCUGAGCAUCUUCCAGCGCGUGUGGUAGUCGUCAGGACUCAACUUGUACCUGACACACACAUACAUACAUAGACAUGCAUACACUAAGACAUGCAACACAGCCAAUCGCGCUAGAAGGAACCGGAAGCUUUCGAGGAUCGGGAAGAGGUCGAUAUUGGCGUUGAUCUCUACGGUGAGCUUCUCGACCUCUGCCGGCAGGCUGGCCAUGUAUCCCUCAGCUUCGACAGCUCCUCGAUGUGCUUGGGUCUCUUCCGCAGCCGUACACACAUGCCAUGGAAGCUCUCCAGCACAGUGGCGCACUGCUCACGCAGCCGCACGGCCAGCACGUCCUGCAUGAGCCCGGCCAGGCUGUGGAACUUGCCCUCCAGCAGCUUGCGGAUCUCCUUGCAGCUGAGCUGGAACAGCCCGAUGGUGAGCGUCUCUGGGAUGUUGCCAUACAGCCGCUCCUCCUUGUCGACGUUCUCCUGCACCUGUUUGGCGAAAUUGUCGUUGGAAGGAGGCGUCUCCUGCUCCUGCAAUGCCUUGACGUGAGCAGCGGGGUCCAACUUUAGAAGGUCGAUGUACUGCUGGAAGCACUGCAGGUAGUCGGUCAUGUAUGGAAGGGUGGUCUUGAGGCUAUCGUCCAGUGAGGUGCGAAGCUCCUGCACCAAGCCCUCGUCGAGGUUGACUGAAGCCAGCACCAUCUUAGGCUGCGUCUUGAACAGGUGCGGCAGGAUGAACUUCUCGGGCUGGGGAAUGUCGCCCAUCUGCUGCAAACUGAUUGAUACACACACACAGAGGUAAGGAGACAUGUCUGCAUUCAAUUGUCUGCACUUGAGAGGGAUUUCGAGUGGUGCUGACCCCUUUUCGAGGAUGUCUAGUGUGGCUUCGACGAACUGUGCUGGGUCAGUGCGGAACUGGAAUCCCUCAUUGUCCUGUGUCUUGGUUAGCUCGAUGGCGAAGAGGGCCGUGCGCUCGGGGGGGCCGUCGAGGUGCGGCUUGAACUCCUCACUGAUACGAGCAGAAUGAUGUCAUGAAAAGAGACAGAGCGAGACAUCCUCACGACAGACAAAUAGAGAGAGAUGUUUUUGUGUCUCUUUUCGAUGCCACCUCCAUUCGUUCUCGACCGUGUGGACCGACUUGACGUCGACUUGUUUGGGUAGGUUGAGAGCCUCCACCACCUUCGAGACGCGGCCAGUGUCUUGCUUUACGGAUUGCUUCUUGGCCUCGGCUCCCUCAGUAGCCGCAAGCUGAAACACACGCCAUGUGCGAGGAAGCAAUUUGAAACGGAUGGUCCAAGCUGCAGACUUGCCUGUAAUCGGAGGCUGUCAGCGGUGGAAGUCAGCCGAGCUAUCUCCGCAGUCGCCUCUUGGUACAU